UUCUACACAAUGAAACCUCACUUCCCUUCCUCUCCCCUCCUUUCCCUCCGUCGCCUCUCCCUCUUAAACCCCAAACCCCUCUCCACCCAACCACCAUCGCCGCCGCCGCAAACCCAUCUUCCUCCACAACCCGCCGUCCCAACCCAAACCCAAUUCCUCGACACUCUCCUGUCCCACAAUUCCGACCCCAGCUCUGCUCUACACCUCUUCAAAACCAACCCUGCUUUUCUCACAGCCGCCGACACCGUCGCCGUGAUGCUUUACAUUUUGAUGGACGUCCCCGAGGUUAGCGGACGUGCCAUAACGUUGCUCAACAACUUCGUCUCCGACCCUUCUCCGGCGGUGUUCGUCGAUGUCUUGGUCGACUGCGCAAAGAGGUUUGAGUUUGAUAUUCGUGUUUUCAGUUACUUGUUGCAUAGCUAUGUUAGAGAAUCGGCUAUCGCUUGCUUGAAUAGAAUGGUGAAGAUUGGGGUGUUAGCUAGUGUGGAACAUAUGAUGAACAUUGUGUUGACUGCGUUGGUUAGGUGGAACAUGUUUGAGGAAGCAAUGGAGUUUUAUGGGGGGAUGGUUGGGAGGGGAGUUGGGGGUAAUUAUGCCACUUUACAUAUCAUGAUGCGUGCUUGUUUGAAGGAGGGGAAGCCGGAGGAGGCCGUGGAGUAUUUUCGCGAGGCAAGGGGGAGUGGCAUUUCAGCAGAUGCGGCGCUGUAUGAUGUGGCAAUUGGGGCUGUUUGUAAGAGUGGUGACUCGCGUUUGGGGUUGGUGUUGUUGGAUGAGAUGAGAGAGAUGGGUUUGGUUCCUUCUGGGAGGAGUUAUGCUGAUGUGAUUAGGGCUUGUGUGAAGCAGGGGGAUAUGGUAGAGGCGCUGAGGCGCAAGGAUGAGAUGGUGAGGUGUGGAGUAUCGAUUGAUGGGCAUGUUGCUACGAGCUUGAUGAGGGGCUGGUGCACACUAGGGAAUGUGGAUGCUGCUUUGGAUUUGUUUAAGAUGAUUAAGGAGGAUAGAAUUGUUCCUCACAGAAGCACAUAUGCAAUUCUUAUAGGAGGCUGCUGUAAGAAUGGGAACAUGGAAAAGGCAUAUGAGUUUUACACUGAAAUGAAACAGAUGGGUGUUCUGCCUGAUAUCUACACUGUAAAUGAUUUGGUAUGUGGGUUUUUGAAAUGUCGGUCACCUGAAGAUGCGUCUAAGUUGGUUGACGAGGCAGUUGACUACGGUAUUGCAAAUGUCUUCUUGUAUAAUAGUUUCUUAGCAUGGCUUUGUAGAGAAGGUAUAAGUGAAGCGCGUAGUUUAUGGGAUAAGAUGAUGUGUAAUGGUGUGGCGCCUAGUGUGGUUUCCUACAACAACAUGAUAAAUGGCUAUUGCAGAAUAGGGGAUAUGAAUAGUGCAAAUAGUGAAUUUUUGGAGAUGACACAAAGGGGUUUGGAACCUAGUGUUUAUACUUACUCUAUAUUGAUUCAUGGGUAUUUCAGGAAAGGUGAUGAUGAAUGUGCCUUUAAUGUCUUUGAUGAUAUGGUGGAUGCAAAGAAAAUCCCCACAGACUACACAAUUAACAUUGUCAUUGAUGGCUUGUGCAAAGUUGACCAGACAUCUGUAGCAAGUAAUCUUCUGAAGAUUUUUGUUGAGAAGGGCUUUGUCCCUGGAUAUAUGACUUAUAAUAGUAUUAUUCAUGGGUUUACUAAGGAGGGUGCCAUGGAUUCUGAACUGGUCGUUUACAGAGAAAUGUGUGAAGCUGGAGUCACACCAACUGUUUUCACUUACACCAGCCUUAUGAGUGGUUUAUGCAAAAGCAAUAAAAUAGAUCUUGCUUUAGAAAUGUCUCAUGAGAUGAAAAGUAAGGGUGUGAAGUUGGAUGUAACGGCAUACUCUGUUCUGAUAGAUGGGUUUUGCAAAAGGCGAGACAUGAAAAGUGCCUGCAAACUUUUCUCGGAACUUCUGGAAGUUGGUUUAUCUCCAAAUAUAGCUGUUUAUACCCCCAUGAUAAGUGGAUUUGUUGGUGUAAAUAACAUGGAAGAAGCUCUUGGGCUAAGUGAGAAAAUGCUAAAUGAAGGCAUUCCAUGUGAUGUGAAAACAUACACUGCAUUAAUCGAUGGACUGUUAAGAAAGGGUGAUAUUCAAUCUGCAUCAGAUCUUUACUCAGAGAUGCUUUUGCUUUUGGAUGGAAUUGUCCCUGAUAUCAUAACAUAUACAGUUAUAAUAAAUGGUCUAUGUAGCAAACGACAAUUGGAGAAGGCACACAAAAUCUUGGAACACAUGAAUAUUAGGCAAAUGACUGCUAGUGUUCAUAUAUAUACUACUUUGAUUCUUGGAUACUUCAAGGAGGGAAAGUUGCAAGAGUCGUUUAGGUUGCAUGAUGAGAUGCUUGACAAAGGCCUCGUACCUGAUGACCUUACUUGUGAUAUUCUUAUAAAUGGAAAAUUCAAAGGCACAAAUACUCUUCUGAGGUCUGCAUGUGCCUAGAUUCUGGAUGGUUAUUGUUUGACCAUGCUUCCACCUUUCAUUUGCACAUUGGGUGAGAAAUGUACCAUGACCUCGAAUGCUCAUCAAGUCUGUUUUGCAUCUCCUUAGGAAAGAUCAUCCGUGCUUGAAUUUGAUGGUUGUAAGUUAGCAAGUGGAAUCAUUAAAUUUUCAUUAAGAGGAAAUUCAAUAGAAUCUGCAAUCUGAACUUGCUACCAUCCCGUUCAUCUAUCACAGAUUCACAAUGCUGCUGUAAAUUGGAUGGUGAUACAGCUCAAAGUUGAGAUUGUUGAAUUGUGCAUAAUAUGUGAUACUUAUAGUUUAAAUUUUGUGGUGUUUCUGAACUGAUCCUGAGUACCUGAUUAAUACAACAAGGGCGUAGCAAGGGGUGGUGGUUGGGCAGGAUUAAUUGAUCCCUUUGACAAAUUUCAAUUUUCUGAUGUUUCUGCAUUUCACAUAGCUUGUAAAGCCCUUAUCCAAAUCCUGUGACUUUCAAUUAUUUAUAUGUUUAUUUUUUGGUAAUUGAUCCACGGUCCAAUUGAUUUUAAGUCAUA